AGACUGAUACCUUUAUGUUGACUCCUACUGAUGAGGAAAGUGACCACCAGCUCCUCUCUCACAACUCUCAUGUAGCUGAGAGCCAAGAUCAGAAAGGAGGCAAGCAUGGAGACUCAGGCUCAACUAGAACUGCAGAGCCAAAUCAACAGAGUCUACAUCACGAAGGCACAAGUCACAGUAACAAUGUAGACAACCCUCACCUGUCAGAGAUGCACUGUGAUACUCACACAGGUAAACAGCCUUUCAAAUGUGACACAUGUGGAAAAGACUUUAAGUAUAAAUCAUUACUAGAGAUACAUCUGAGAACCCACACAGGUGAGAAGCCAUAUUCUUGUAAAACAUGUGGGAAAAGAUUUCCUCAGAAAUCAGCAUUGAACUAUCAUAUAAAAACCCACACAGGUGAGAAGCCGUUUGCAUGCAAAACAUGUGGGAAAGGAUAUACUCAGAAAUCAGCAUUGGACUAUCAUAUAAAAACCCACACAGGUGAGAAGCCGUUUGCAUGCAAAACAUGUGGGGAAGCUUUCAGAUUUAAUGCUAACUUGAAAGUCCACAUGAGAACCCACACAGGUGAGAAGCCAUAUUCUUGUAAAACAUGUGGGAAAAGAUUUCCUCAUAAUUCAGCAUUGAACUAUCAUAUAAAAACCCACACAGGUGAGAAGCCGUUUGCAUGCAAAACAUGUGGGAAAGGAUAUACUCAGAAAUCAGCAUUGGACUAUCAUAUAAAAACCCACACAGGUGAGAAGCCGUUUGCAUGCAAAACAUGUGGGAAACGAUAUACUCAGAAAUCAGCAUUGGACUAUCAUAUAAAAACCCACACAGGUGAGAAGCCGUUUGCAUGCAAAACAUGCGGGGAAGCUUUCAGAUUUAAUGCUAACUUGAAAGUCCACAUGAGAACCCACACAGGUGAGAAGCCAUAUUCUUGUAAAACAUGUGGGAAAAGAUUUCCUCAGAAAUCAGCAUUGAACUAUCAUAUAAGAACCCACAAAGGUGAGAAGCCGUUUGCAUGCAAAACAUGUGGGAAAGGAUAUACUCAGAAAUCAGCAUUGGACUAUCAUAUAAAAACCCACACAGGUGAGAAGCCGUUUGCAUGCAAAACAUGUGGGGAAGCUUUCAGAUUUAAUGCUAACUUGAAAGUCCACAUGAGAAUCCACACAGAUGAGAAGACAUAUUCUUGUAAAACAUGCAAAAAGAAAUUCCAGUGUAAUGAUAACUUGAAAGCCCACAUGAGAACACAUACAGGUAAACAGCCUUUAAAAUGUGACACAUGUGGAAAAGACUUUCAGUAUAAAUCAAAACUAGAGAGACAUCUGAGAAUCCACACAGGAGCGAAGCGCUUUGCAUGCAAAACAUGUGGGAGAGCUUUCAGAAAUAAUGCUCACUUGAAAGAGCACAUGAUAACCCACACAGGUGAGAAGCCAUAUUCUUGCAAAACAUGUGGGAAAAGAUUUACUCAGAAAUCAACAUUGAAAUCUCAUAUAAGAAUCCACACAAGGGAGAAGCUGUUUGCAUGCAAAACAUGUGGGAGAGCUUUCCCAUAUAAUUGUCACUUGACAGUACACAUGAGAAUCCACACAGGUGAGAAGCUGUUUGCAUGCAAAACAUGUGGGAAAGCUUUUAGAAUUCGUAGUAACUUGACACGCCACAUCAGAUGCCACACAGGAGAGAAGCCAUAUUCCUGCAACACGUGUGGGAAAAUAUUUACUCAGAAAUCAGCAUUGAACUCUCAUAUAAGAAUCCACACACAGGAGAAGCCGUUUGCAUGCAAAACAUGUGGGAAAGCUUUUACAAUUCGUAGUAACUUGGUAAUCCACACGAGAAUCCACACAGGAGAAAAGCCAUAUUUCUGCAACACGUGUGGGAAAACAUUUCCUCAGAAAUCAGAAUUGAAUCGUCAUAUAAGAACCCACACAGGUGAGAGGCCAUAUUCUUGUAAAACAUGCAAAAAAAAAUUCCAGCGUAAUGAUACCUUGAAAGCCCACAUGAGAACUCACAUGGGGGGAAAAGCUGCAUCACUGCAGCACAGAGGGUCCAGAGAUUAAAGAGUAACAGGAGGAACUAAAAGGAGUUUGACACUCUUGACUUCAGGGUUACACUCUGUAAUAAGUGUUGGAUCACACACUAUUUCUAUACACUACCUCAGCAAUGAGGUCACUGAGGUUAUUUCUUCUCCUGCUCUGCGAGCAGGAGAACUCAGCUUUAGGAUUCAGGGGGAUCUAUUGGCAGAAAUGGAAUAUAGUAUUCAUAACUAUGUUUUCUUUCGUCUAUAAUCACCUGAAACUAAGAAUCGUUGUGUUUUCAUUCAAUUAGAAUGAGCCCUUCAUAUCUACAUGAGGAGCGUGUCCUCUUCCACUGAGACCACCAUGUUGCCUCUUUAGUAUCCCAGAACAGACAAACCAAACUCUGGCUCCAGAAAGGGUCUUUGCUGUUUUUACGUUACCAGAAGCCACUGUAGGUUCUCUCAACGCUUGGAAAAGGAGGUGAGCGGAGGAGUAUUCAGUUAGUUGCACCUGCAACCUCACCGCUAGAUGCCACUAAAUCCUACACACUGGACCUUUUUUAAGGGGAAAGUUAAUGUAACUGACAAUGAUGAACAAACUGUUAACCAAGAUGAAUGUUACUGCAUUGUAUGAAACUUUUUAAUUCAACAACGAUGACACUGAGCAUGGAUGAUUGUAGCAACACUGUUCACAUAAUGUGUUAUACUGCUGCACAUUGUUUGAAGACCGACUGUGACAGAACAUAUUGCUGGAAAGGCCAGAAGAUAUAGAAGCUUAAAGAGAACGUAUUCAUAUCACACAUGUUUGUUACCAAGGUAGAAUGGUGCAUCACAUUUUACGGUUUGUAAAUAAUGAAUGUGUGUAAACAUUGUCUUGAAGAGAUGCUAUCAAGUAAUUUCUUUCUAAAUGGUGCAAACAUAUUGUGAUAAA